AUGAAUAAAAAAACUCACGAUCAAAAUCUCAUUUCAAAUGCUCAGAAUGUCAUUUCUCGCCCCAAAAAAAUAGCGAUAAUUGGUGAAGGGGUCAUUGGAUGUUCUACAGCCCUACAAAUCGCGGAAUCUCUACCAAAAGCUCAGGUUUUUUUCUGAUUUUUUAAAGUUUGGACCGAAAUUCUAAUGAAAAAGCUAUUCAGAUCACGAUAUUCCACGAUAAUCCUUUCGAAAAAUCGUGCAGCGCUGGCCCUGCCGGCCUUUUCCGGAUCGAUGAUGAGAAAUACAGGUUUUUGUCCUUUUUAUAAUAUUUAAGGUAUAAUUUUUCAAGGGAGUACGGUAGAGAAACAUUCUCCUGGUUAGCCAAACUUCAUCGAGAGAAAAAAGGAAGCGAAACUGGGGUCAAACUUCUUUCCGGUCAUAUUCAAUCGGACUCUAGAGAAAGGUUGGAGCAACAGGUUUGAAAAAAAUUUUUCAAGCGUCCUGGUCGCAUUUGGAAUGGCUCAGAAUGCUUUAAAGUAUUCCGAUACCUUUUUUCUCCAGAAGUUUCAGACUGGAAGCACUUUAAAGCUACCGCUUCACAUAAUUCUUGCUUUGAGCCUUCCCAAAUGCGGCAAGGCAAUUUUGAAAUGAACGAAAAAUCCAAAUUCUGUUCAGGAAAGAGCAUACGGCGAUAUCGUGUACAAUUUUCGUUGGCUGACUGAUCGAGAACGUACAGAUUUGUUCCAGAAUUCUUCGAAGUAAGUUCAUUAAAUUUGCAAGAAAAAUCUAAAAAUAAAAUAUAAAAAAAUUUGGAAAACUGAAGGAAUUCAAUCAAAAGUUUUCAAAAAAGAUUAAAAAUCAAAGCUUUAUCUUGGAAUUUCAAGGUUUUAAGAUUUUUUCCAAAAAAGAGCUAUUCAAUGUGAUUUCCAAGCACAAGAUUUUAUCCAAUCAAGUGGUCACUAAAGGACACUCUUCACCAUUUAAGAGGCCACUUAACUUGUUAAUUUUUAAUACCUUGAGUAAGCCAUAAAAGGGGAUUAUUUGAUCAUUUUUAUAUAAAUUUUUCUUCAAGAAAAAAUCCAGCUCCAUUCAGAUACUGCAUUCACUAUACGGCCUACGCAUCUGAAGGAAAUUUGUACGUCCCUUAUUUGAAGAAGCUGCUGAUCAAUCUUGGCGUCAAGUUUGAACAGAGGAAGAUUGAAAGCCUCGAACAGGUUUUUUUCAGAAGUUGAUACAUUUAUCGCAGGAUUAUGAUUCAGUUAGGUGAAGAGAGUUUCGAUGCGGUUGUCAAUUGCGCUGGUUUGGUGGCCGGAAAACUGGCCGGCGAUGAUGAUUCAGUUUUCCCCAUUCGAGGCGUUGUUUUUUUGAGGUAUUUUUGUUAUUUUUUUAUAUUUUUAUUCCUUAUCAAGAACUUUCUGGAUAGCUGAAGCUUCUCAACUUUCAGGAAGCUUUUUGACGAGAAAACUUCGAUUUUAAAAAAAUUUGAAGAUGGGAUCAAAUUUGAAAAAAAGAGGUUCUUUGGACCCUAAAAAUUCAUUGAAAAAGUGAAUUUUUUCCAGUUUACUAUUUUUUGCUUCAUUUUGAGACAUGUUUCUUUUUUCUAGUUGAAUCAGUUGAUCAUGAAAAAUCUUAAAAGUUUGAAAAGUCUGGGAUUUUUCAGGUCGACGCUCCUUGGCACAAGCACUUCCUCUACCGCGACUUUUCAACCUUUUCAAUUCCAAAGUUGGUAUUCUUAUAGUCCGUUUUCCGCGACUUGAAAGGGCAGGACUUCUCUGCGCCCUCCUUAUCUCUCGACGUCUCUCUCAUGUUUACUUGCUGCUUCACUAUUUCUCUGUCCUCGCCGGUGAGGGAGCAGAGAGACGCAGACAAGCGAAAAGUCUCGAGUCGCGGUGGACAGACUAUACGAAAUUCUGGAAAUAUUUCAUUCCUUUCCGGUUUGAAAGAAAAUCUGACUAUCUGCACUCUCUUCCUUCCAGUGGUUCUCUCGCUUUUGAGAGAAAGAGAGAGCGCAGACAGUCAGAAAGCUUCAAGUCGCAGCAAAUAAAUAAAGUAUCGAAAAAUAGUUCAUUUUCCAGAACUGAUUGUGUAGUCCUGGGGUCAGUGAAACAGGAAGGUCGUUACGAGACUGAAAUAACGGACGAAGAUCGUCAGGACAUUUUAAAGCGAUAUAUUGAGCUUCACCCAGCUAUGAAGGUUGGAAAUAGUUUUUUUUUUCCGUGAUUUCAUUUUUAGGAGCCAAAAAUCCUACGCGAAUGGCUUGGAUUGAGGCCUUUUCGAAAGGAGAUUAGAAUUGAAGCUGUUGAGAAGACAACGAAAAGUGGAAAACCAUACACGGUAGGCUUUCUUUUCAGAGGUUUAUGAUAAAGAAAGAUAAAAUUUUUGGAUGGAAAAGUCAUGAAAUGAGAUUUCUUUCAAAAAAUCGAAAAACAAACUUGCUUUUGAAAAGUUCUUUGAAAAAAGUUACCCCCUAUAGGAACCACUCUGAAGCUCCUAAGUAGUACCUUUCUUUUGAAAAAUCAUUAAAUGUUUGAUUUUGUAUUGAAAACUUGUUUAUCACACGGUUUUCCUUAUUAUCUUUGAAUAAGGCCCUUUGUUUUUUCCUUUUCUUUUUACUCUGAGAAGGUUUUUUUCAGAUUAUUCAUCACUAUGGCCACGGCGGCAACGGCUUCACCCUCGGCUGGGGUACGGCGAAAAAAGCCACGAAACUCUUACUUGAUUCCCUUGACCGAUCAUCAACCGUAAAUCGUAUCAAACUUCCUUCAAAGCUAUGA